CGUCCCCAGAGCGGUGUCCGGGCUGAACUCCGUGCCGGGCCAGCCUUGGUGACAGCGGCGUGUCCCCAGAGCGGUGUCCGGGCUGAACUCCGUGCCGGGCCAGCCUUGGUGACAGCGGCGUGUCCCCAGAGCGGUGCUGUGCCCGCGAUGCUGCGGCUGCUGCUGCUCAGCGGGGCCCUGGGCUGCGGGGCAGAGCAGGCGGCCCCGCUCGCCUUCACCAUGCUCCAGCUGACCCGCGUCUACAUGGGCAAUUCCAUGUUCCGGGGCAACGCCAGCCUGAAUGGACAGCUCAGCCAUCUCCUGGACGAGAAUAAUGUCACCCAGGUGCUCCCGCUGGAGCCUCCGGACGCCUGGGCCCGGCGGCAGAACGAGGUGAUCGCCUACCUGAAGACCUUCAGGCAGCUGGUGCAGCUCUUCAACAAGGAGAGACCCACCAAAUUCACACAGCACCUGCGCUGCCACCUCGGCUGCCUCCUCUACCCCAACGGCACAGCCCAGAGCUUCUACGAGGUGUCCCUCAACAAGACAGCGUUCCUCAGCUUCCAUGUCCCCAACGCCACCUGGGAGCGGCGCUGGCCCGGCGAGCUCCCAGUGGCCACCUUCGCCCAGGAGCAGCUGAUGAAAUACCCCAUAACCACGCAGGACCUGCAGUAUUUCCUCAACACCACCUGUGUCAGCAUCCUGCAGGCUCAGAGCACCAGGAUAGGAAAAGUCAGCGGCCGAUCGCGCACUCCGCUGGUACUGGGGCUGGUCCUGGGAAGCCUGGCCCUGCUGGGCAUGGCCAUGGGCAUCUUCCUGUGCACAGGAGGGAGCUGCUAGCGUGGGCAGCUGUCCCAUGUCACCCCAUGGACACAGGGAACGAACCCGUGCAUCCAUCACCACCCUGUGGAGGCAGGGGACAGACCCAUCGUCUCCCUGUGGAGUCAGGGGAUGGAUCCAUCAUCUUCCCAAGGAUCCAGCAACUCUCCGUGGAUCCAUCAUCACCCUGGGGAGGCAGGGGCUGGAUCCAUCAUCCCUGCAUAGAGACAGAGGGUGGAUCUGCCAUCCUCCCAUGGAAGCGGGGACCAAGCCCAUCCCUCUCAAGGGAUGCAUGUCCCUUGUACCACAGGCUUUGCUCCCCAAGGACACUGGUGGCUUCCUGGUCCUGUCCCAGGCAACUGGCAGCCCCCAGCCCAGUGGACAGUCUUCAUGUUGGA